CCAGCGAACCCACCAAGUGCAAUGUGGGCCUCUGAUCUAGGCCACGGGCCUUCUUGAUGGCUUCACGACCAGAAGAGGGGGAUCAUCACCAAAACCAAACCUGUUAGCAGCAGCAGCACGCCACGGAGCUCCCGCAGCAAUGGCCGAGAAGGGCGUGAAGGUGUUCGGCAUGUGGGCGAGCCCGAUGGCCAUCCGGCUGGAGUGGGCGCUCCGGCUGAAGAGCGUGGUGUACGAGUACGUCGACGAGGACCUCGGCAACAAGAGCGACGCGCUGCUCCGGUACAACCCCGUGACCAAGAAGGUGCCGGUGCUGGUCCACGACGGCAAGCCUGUCGUCGAGUCCGCCAUCAUCGUCGAGUACAUCGACGAGGCGUGGAAGGACGGCUACCCCAUCAUGCCGGCCGACCCCUACGAGCGCGCUCAAGCGAGGUUCUGGGCCAAUUUUGCCGACGAGAAGGAUUUGAAUGGAUUUGUCCAGUGCAACGCUGCUGUCUACCCGGUCUUCACGGCGACCGGCGAGGCGCAGGGCAAGGUGGUGCACGAGGCCCAGCAGUGCCUCAAGACUCUGGAGAAGGCCCUGGAGGGGAAGAAGUUCUUCGGGGGCGACGCCGUCGGCUACCUCGACCUUGUUGUCGGGUGGUAUGCGUACUGGCUGCCCAUCAUCGAGGAGGUGUCCGGCGCCAGUGUGGUCACCGACGAGGAGCUGCCUCUGAUGAAGGCCUGGUUCGACCGGUUCCUCGCCGUCGACGUGGUGAAGGAGACGCUGCCCCCGAGGGACAAGCUACUGGCGCUCAACACGGCCCGCCGCGAGCAGCUCCUCACGGCGUAGAGCACGAGUACGUGUGUUUCCCACAUGCGUACGCUUUCAACAGCGUUAGAUAAAUAACUGUCGCACACUAAACAUCCCGUGGCAAAUGUCUGGAACAUCGAUCAUAUCUUUCUCUCUGCCUUACAUGAUAUGAUAUCAGUACUCACAUAUAUAUUUCGUCC